GCCACGGUGCCAGCGGAAGCAGACAUCAUAGCUGCCGCAUUGGAAUCUGCCUUCUCGUCCAUCAUCUGUUUCGUUCUUCUUUUCACUUCUCUCUACAGCUAGUAUCAGCAUUUCCAUCCAUCUCUCUUUCCAACUUCUAUUCAUCCUCGCACACUCGUUGUCGUGCUUUACGUCACCGGAAAAGGGUCGCGCGUCCACCUGGGGUUCCUGUCCGAGUGCGCAGGCCUGGUUCGAGUUAACGAGAUCGCGUCGCAAUCAUGGCUCACCAAGGACAAGCUGCUGAAUACUACAAUCAGAACAUGGAAGACGCUCCCUAUCAACAACAGAAUUAUCAGCAGUAUCCUCCACCUACUGGGGCGCCGCAACAGCCAUAUCCGCCCCUUCAGCAGCCCUACCAACCUCAAGAACCAAAGUAUACCGUUGCCCCUCCAACCUACGGCGACAACUUUGUUGCUCCUCAAGACGACAAACAGACCUUCCAAGAGACUUUCAAGAUCCAGAAACCUAAGUUUCAUGAUGUGUGGGCAGGAUUGCUGCUCAUCGCAACCUUCUGCGGAUUUGUCGCCGUUUCAGGACUCACCCUAUACCGCUACUCUAAAUACCAUAGUUUUAAUGGAGGAGGGAUCUACGGAGCCUCGAACGAUUUCUCCCUCGACACCAAUACCAUUAUCCUCUUCGCCUUUAUCCUAUGUGUUGGCCUGGUCUUCUCCUGGGCCUACUUCCUCGCCGCUCGUGCCUUCACGAAGCAAUUCGUCUGGUUGACGGGCAUUCUUAAUUGUGCCUUGGCUGUCGGCACCGCCGUUUACUAUCUGUAUCGACAUCUGUGGGGAGCAGGCAUUGUCUUUGCGGUAUUUGCCGUCUUUGCCAUCAUCUGCUUCAUCAGCUGGAUCCCACGCAUCCCUUUCGCAGUGGUGAUGCUACAACAAACAAUGGACAUUGCGAGAAUGAGGCGAGUCCAUGUAUUCUUGGUCAGCUUUAUUGGCGGUAUUGCUAGCGUGGCAUUCGCUGCAUGGUUCUCGGUCACUCUCGUUGCGAUUUACACGUCCUACAUGCCUGGCAAUUCCGGCAGCACGGCCAAUCCAUCGUGCCCAACUGCAGACUGCUCAAGCGGCAAAGUCAUCGGACUCGUGGUGUUUGUGACCUUUGCGGGUUAUUGGAUCACAGAAUGGAUGAAAAACACCAUUCAUACCACCAUUGCCGGAGUCUACGGUUCCUGGUAUUUCUGCGCCGGGAAACCGGGUGGCAUUCCACGAGGCGCAACCGCUGGAGCCUUGAGGCGAGCAACGACAUACUCCUUCGGCUCCAUCUCCUUUGGCAGCCUUAUUGUUGCACUUAUCAACAUGCUUCGACAAGCCUGCAGCAUUGCCCAGCAACAAGAAGCCUCGGAUGGGAACAUCAUUGGGACCAUUAUGUUUUGUAUUCUUGGUUGCUUUAUCAGCCUCCUGGAUUGGUUGGUUCAAUUCAUCAACAGGUACGCCUUCUCUCACAUUGCUCUUUACGGGAAGGCAUACAUCCCGGCAGCUAAAGAUACGUGGACAAUGAUGAAAGACCGCGGCGUCGACGCCCUGGUCAACGACUGUCUCGUGGGCCCUGUCUUGACGAUGGGAAGCGUCUUCGUGGCAUACGUCUCCGCGCUGCUGGCUUACCUGUAUCUGGAAUUCACUCAUCCGGCAUACAACGACGGACGGACUUUCACGCCAGUCAUCAUGGCGUUUGCUUUCCUCAUCGGACUGCAGAUUUGCCAGACUUUUACGACCCCAAUCGGAUCUGGAGUCGACACCAUCUUUGUUGCCAUGGCUUGGGAUCCCCAGGUCGCCAUGACAGAUCAUCCCGAAUUCUGGGAGCGACUCGUGCAUGUCUACCCUCGGGUCCAACAAGUCCUAGGUGGUGUAUGAAGGCGGUCUUUUGUGGCGUGUGGAAGAUUCUGCGACACUUUGGUCACGCACACUUUGGUGAGCGGUCGACCUUUGGAACAAACUGUGGCCUAGUCCAUUGGACAGUUCAUUUAAGUUCCAUGGCCCGAAAUGCAAAUGUUCCUUCAACAGAUGGGCACACUCCAAAGUCCGAGGUCCUCCCGCGGUAGCAGUCAUAGCCCUUUAGUGCUUCACUCUCGGCAGUGAUUGACAGAUCACGAUGAUGUUGAAGAAAGCUAGUUGCACUCACGGGUAAGCCAGGCUGAGAGCCACAGCCGGAUCGACAGUUGUCGUCUUCGGUACAUGCCCGCCUUACUACGACAGACUGGAUCCACGUAUGCGCACGAAAGUCGUGGCAACCUCGCCGGUCUCAGUCGUCAUUGCCAAGUAAUUGCGAUUCAGACACUGACAUAGGUAUUCGUGCUGACCGAAGACUCGGUGGGUGCUGUCUGGUACUUUCAGUGUUGUACCAGUGCUGGGUGUGGACAUGCAGCAUGAGUCACGGCAAACCGAGCGACAUCCAUCACUGUUGCUUGCAUCUCGAUUUGGGAGACAUGCAAGUCGGCACAAUACUAGAUUUCCAUGAAGGCUUUUUGCGGUCGACCAGCCAGUCCAAUCAUGUACCGGUGGCGCGAUUUUUUUCACAGGAGACUGAUUCGUCUCCCUGAGCAUUAGACUCGGUGCUCCAAUUGGUUUCCAGUGACCGACAGUUUGUGUAACCCAAUCUAUUGGCCUGCUGGGAGGAUUUGCUGCCUUGCCCUUCCACAUGUCAGGAACUGAUCGGCCAAGCACCAAAGGCAGGAAAUUUGAGCAGCCACUCGCCCCGUUGAGGCUUCAGGGGUACCCCAAGUUGGACCCGCGUCUCAUUGGUUUCAUCAUCGAGGUUUCAGCAAGCGAAGCUGAGCCUGGGAGGCGAGCCACACUCACCGAAACGUGGCGCAGUCUGAUAGGAAGGUCUCAGACAGCGAUAGUCACAUCUGUCGCAAUUGUUGCUUUGGAAAAGUGGCCCGACUGGACGCUCCGCCUGGGGUGGUGUCGAUACUGCGCCACUGCUGGCGUGCAGAGGAUGAACGAAACAUGCCCAAAAUACCCAGUCCAACGAGGUGCCAGAGUUGCGCACUUCAUCAACAUGUGCCGGAAGUCCAACACGUCAACCAAAAGUCCACAUGUCUUUGGCCUGCCUCGAUUUCUUGUGGAGGCGUGAAAUCACCGCAGAUCAACGACACCUAUCUCUUCUGGAUCUCUCUUAUUAUUUGUCGCAUCUCGGGGCAAUCAAGUGAGGGCGGAUGCUGCAAGGAAGACAGACCAAAGGGCAACCCAAAAUCCCCCAGCACUUGUACCUUGCAUGCAUGCUGCAUCUCCCGUUGCAUGUCCUGCAUGGUCUCUCGUUUCGGCCGCGUGCUAUUCGCGACCUAGCAUCUCACGAGUCAGUGUUCUUUCAGCUUCUAUGACUGCCAACACCUUGGGCAGCGAGAGAUCAAGACGAGGCACUAGGCUGAGACGACACGGACGCCGGGCGUUGGAUGGGCCGACAAGGUUGAUGCUCGUCUUUCAGCUUACUUGUGCACGGGCUUGUUGCCACGAGACGCUCACGACGGAGAGGCCGCGUAGAUCAGUGCGUGUUGUGAGAUGGCGAAAAGACUUCGGACGUCAACAAUUGGAUUACAUUACUUGCACCUGACCGGAUACCCGAUCGGAUCUCCGCCAGUCGCAUUACGUAUCAUAUCGAGGCCUGGCCAUUGAAGUAGGCGGACGUAGCGACGGCUAUAUUUAGCUGGCUCGCACUGUCUCACGCGACCUUGUCGAGUAAACUCUCAGAGCCCGUCCGUGACAGUGUGCUUGGUUAUUUCAAAUCGAUGAUGCGUGCCAGUAGAGCGAUGACAAGAAGUAAUUCCUGUAGACGAGGCAUGAUCUCCCAGCUUGCGGGAUGCUCGAUUUUAGCCGCGCAACCCGAUCAGAUCA